AGUUGUGUUGUGGUCACCGUACCGAGUGGUCGUAGGCACGUAGCCGCGUAGCCGCGUAGUCACGUAGCACGACCGAAUAUUUUCAUUAUAGCGGUUCUACGUCGCUACGCUUUCAUCAAGUGCAUUUAAUUUUGAUAUUAAGACAUUUUUUUAAAACAGUUAAAGGUUUCGUCUACUUAUUCAUAUUGCUUUAAAAUUAUAUCAUAAAUUUAUUAAAAACAUAUUCGGUAUUUUGUUAUGAUCACAAAUUAAAAAGACAAAAAACGUAUUUUUUUUCCUCGAGUGUAACAAAGCCUCAAGCUGUUUUUCCAAAGUACAAUGACAAAUGACAAAAGAACUAACUCUGAGCCUCGAGAGUCCACUGCCCGAGGAUGGAACCGAAAACCCGAUGACUUGAAGUUUGAGUUUGGAUUUGGAGUACCUCUAGGUGCAAUGUCGGCCCAUCCUGCUUUUCAUUCAGCUUGGGACCUCGGAUGUCCAGCAUCAGGGUUCCAUCAAAUGGCCAGGAUGAUGGACCGCAUGAUGGUGGAAAGCCUCCAACCGUUUGGGUUUGCGCGAAUGACAGCAAGUCGGAGCGGAGACAAUAAAGGUGAUUCGGAUCAACCUAGAGACGGAUUGAGAACGGAACGAAGCGAGACCAGGAGAGAACGAGCUAAGAACCAACCAGCCACACACGCUGCUUUGGGGACACGACAUUUGCCUACACAAGUUGUCAAACCAUCGAACGUGGUAAACAUAAGUGAAAAACCUCCUGACCAACAAAAAAAUCCAGAUCCGACCACAGAAAAGUGGGCAGGGACGUUGCGACGCCGAGACCCGGCUACCGUACUGCCGUCAAUAGGCAGAAAAACUUCAUCUUUAGGUAGUGGAAGAAUGAUUAGCAGAUCUGUUGACAGAAUACCCAAGACGGGUAGAGCUCGACCUCUUGUUCCUAUAAAACCGAGACUUAGAAAAGCAGAUGUUCCUAAUGAAGGGCCCGAUGUCACCAUUUUCGAGAGGGAUGAGAAGGUCUUCGAUGCGACAGGAUACGAACUCCAUCUAGUGGAGACUUUGGAAAGAGAUAUUUUACAGAAGAAUCCUUCUGUCCGCUGGAAGGAUGUCAUAGGACUGGAUGACGCUAAGUCUGUAUUGCAAGAGGCGAUGGUCUUACCCUUGGUAAUGCCUGAUUACUUCAAGGGCAUCCGCCGACCUUGGAAGGGUGUCCUUCUAACAGGUCCACCGGGAACUGGUAAGACCCUGCUUGCCCGAGCGGUAGCCACCGAGUGCCGAACUACUUUCUUCAACGUGUCAUCUGCCACCCUCACUUCGAAGUACAGAGGGGACUCCGAGAAACUGGUUCGCCUUUUGUUUGAUAUGGCAGCAUUCUACGCCCCAAGCACGAUAUUCCUAGACGAAGUGGAUUCUCUUUGCGCAGUCCGCGGCGCUGACUCCGAACACGAAGCUUCAAGGAGGUUCAAGGCUGAAUUGCUCAUACAGAUGGACGGACUGGCAGCUGCUUUCCAUCGAGAUAAAAUCAUAAUGGUGUUAGCAGCGACUAAUCACCCAUGGGACAUCGAUGAAGCUUUCAGAAGACGAUUCGAGAAGAGGAUCUACGUCGGUCUACCUGACGAGGAAACGAGAGUACGGCUGCUGAAACUUUGCCUAAGAGAUGUGGUGCUUAGCGAGGGCGUCAAACUAAAGGAUAUAGCCAGUCAGCUUGAGGGAUACAGCGGUUCUGACAUCAGUAAUCUCUGCAGGGACGCAGCAAUGAUGACGAUGCGGCGUAAAAUAGCUGGCAAGAGUCCUGACGAAAUACGACAGCUCAAGCGAUCUGAACUCGAAGCUCCUGUUUCAAGCGCAGACUUAUCCGCUGCUAUUGAGAAGACCAGGCGUACGGUAUCAGAUGCGGACGUGAAUCGAUACAACAAUUGGAUGGCCAAGCACGGGUGUUCCUAGCGCCGCGCCUGGGCUCUCAGAGCCCUCUUACAGAAACUGCGUAACGACUAAACGUAACAAUCGAACUAGUGGCGUAUGCUGUCUCAGCUAGGCUGACGACUUAAAAAGAACUUCUUCG